AGUUAGAGGGAAUAUGUGUGGUCAGCCCAUUCUCCCCUCGUCCAGCUCAAAAGACACGAUAACAUCCAGCAACGGGCUCCACUUGAAAAUACAGUUAUGCAGUUUGCUUCCUCUGGUAUUUUUCCAGCUUUGGAUAAGGAAAACUCUCCAGAUUCUCCAAAGAAAUGGGAGACUGGUCCAUUCUUGGCCGCUUCCUAACGGAAGUUCAAAACCACUCCACGGUCAUCGGCAAGAUCUGGCUGACGAUGCUGCUCAUCUUCCGCAUCCUGCUCGUGGCCCUGGUCGGGGACGCGGUCUACAGCGACGAGCAGUCCAAGUUCACCUGCAACACCCUGCAGCCUGGCUGCAACAACGUCUGCUACGACACUUUUGCUCCCGUCUCACACUUGCGCUUCUGGGUCUUCCAGAUCGUCCUGGUCUCCACGCCUUCCAUCUUCUACAUCGUCUACGUCUUGCAAAAAAUCACCAAGAAUGAAAAGCCAGAGGAUGAUAAGAAGGUCCAAGUGGUACCCAGGUCCUCGCCUUCACUAGAAAGGGACAGAGGAGGAGAUAAAGAGACGACGUUGGAGGCCGGCGAUCCUUAUAACGCAACCUAUAACAACGAGGACUGGAGCUCACGGGAAGAGGAGUGUGAGGAGAGGAACCAGCUGGAGGAGGAUGCGAGAGAGGUAUGGAAGGAUCCAACCCAGCUCUCCAGCCAAGUCUUACUCAUCUACAUCAUACACGUUCUGCUGCGCUCCAUCAUGGAGAUAAUCUUCCUCAUUGGACAGUAUUACCUAUUCGGAUUCGAAGUCCCGCACCUCUUCCGCUGCGAGACCUACCCUUGUCCGAACAGGACCGACUGCUUCGUGUCUCGAGCGACAGAGAAGACCAUCUUCCUCAACUUCAUGUUCAGCGUCAGUCUAGGUUGCUUCAUUUUGAACAUUGUGGAGCUGCAUUAUCUGGGCUGGAUCUAUAUCUUCAGAGUGCUGUUAUCCGCGUGUUGUACGUGCUGCGACUCGGGUAGGAACCCCGGGGCGCGGGUGGAUUUAUACUCCGAUAACAACCCACUGCUCCUCGAACUCAAGCACUCUCUGCGCGGUAGGGUCGUCCUGCAGACCGCCUCACCCACAUCACGGGACAGGAGCGGCGGCGUUCCCAACCAAGGCCCGGCCAUCUCCUUCGAGACGGACUCCACGCUGGAGUGUACUUCGAAGAGAACUCCAGAUGAGAAGGAUCGCAGCAAGACUAGACUGCACAACAUGGCCAAAACAGGAAGAGGGAAAAAGUCAUGGCUGUAAAUCAUUGGAUGUAUAAAGAGAACUGGAUGCAGGGUUGGAGGCGGGGCCCCGUUCAUUCGUAUGAAAGUUGCUCAUUGGCGCAGGAUUCCAAAAUGGCUCGACUUCCGAUUGGAAAAGUACCCGGAUC